ACAGUUCGCCGAAACCAUUUGUUAGGUAAGGUGAUCGUAAAAAUUAAAAAAAAAAUAAUACCGAUUCGUAAUUAACGCAACGAUUAUCAAUAAAACCGCAUUCGACGUGUAAUGGCUUUUCUCCGUUCGAUAGUUAGAUACAGUGUUUAUAAAAAAUACGGAUUAGUCUACGAUUCCUUUCAAACGAAUUCGGGUAAACUUAAAAAUUUGAAUUUAUACCAAAUCGCGUUGAAAUCGACUACUGCUAGUGGUACUUUAGUGGAAAAUGCAACAAACGCAGUGGAAACCCCUCAGCGAGAUGUCUUGGAUAUUACUUUUUCUGACCCAAAAGCGGCUUUUAAAAGUAAAACAAAUUGGGAACUUAUUAGGGCAUAUCUGGUAUAUGCCUUAUGUUCUAUCGAAUAUUUGGUUGACAAUAAUAUGAAGUUAAUGAAACUUGCGGAAAAAAUAUUAGGCGAAAGAUUGUUCGUUUUUUUGAUGAAAUUAACGUUUUAUGGGCAUUUCGUUGCCGGGGAAGACCAGAUGAGAAUAAAACCAACCUUGGAAAGGUUAAGGUCGUUUGGAGUUAAACCGAUACUUGAUUAUUCGGUUGAAGAAGAUUUGUCACAAGAAGAAGCAGAAAAACGUGAAGUAGCAGCUUCUGUACCUGAAGCUGGAGACGAAAAAGUCGAAGGACCUCUAAAACAAUACCACGUAGAUAAGACGUUCGCGGACAGAAGAUACAAAGUACAAUCAGCGAGAACGUAUUUCUAUCUCAAUGAAGCUCAAUGUGAGAAAAAUAUGGAAAUUUUUUUGAAAUGUCUAGAAACUGUAGCAGAUUUUCAACACUCAGGCCCUUCUAGAGGAGCAGGACUAGCAGCGGUUAAAUUUACAGCUUUAGGCAGACCUCAACUAUUACUUCAACUGUCUGAAGUAAUUAUGAGAGCUAGGCAGUACAUGACCGAAAUUGUGGGAGGUGAAGGAAACGUUUUAUCCCAUCAUUUGAAAGUUGAAGAUCUAGAAAAUAAAUUUGAAAAAAUUCAAGAUAAAGAAUCUCUGAAAAAAUUUCUCACGCAAGUCACUUCCGAUAAACAUGGUGUGCUCCACUUGUUUCCUUGGUCAGGUAUAAUAGACGACAACCAAGAAUUAAGUGCGACGUUCAGGGUACCGGACUUGAAAUCCGGUAGAAUGAUUAGAUUGAUUACUCAGUUAUCGGCAAAAGAAGAAGAAAUGUUCAGAAAUAUGGUUAGAAGGUUCAACACAAUCGUUAAGGCAGCACAGGAACUGGAUGUUAGAAUAAUGGUAGACGCAGAACAAACCUAUUUUCAACCCGCCAUUACGCGACUCACGUUGGAAUUCAUGAGAAGAUAUAACAAACAAAAAGCGAUUGUAUUUAAUACCUACCAAUGCUACUUAAAAAACGCAUUCGACGAAGUUUCCACGGAUUUGGAACAAGCUAAAAGACAAGAUUUCUAUUUCGGAGCUAAAUUAGUAAGAGGAGCUUAUUUAGACCAAGAACGUGCCAGAGCAGCAGCAAUGGGUUACCCCGAUCCAACUAACCCCAGUUACGAAGCGACUACCGAAAUGUAUCACAAUACCCUAUCGGAAUGUCUAAGGAGGAUAAAGGCGUUCAAAACGAAAGGGGAGGAUAAAAAAAUCGCCAUUAUGGUAGCUUCCCAUAACGAAGACACCGUUAGAUUCGCUAUAAAAAAAAUGGAAGAGAACGGAAUUGAACCGUUGGAUAAAGUGAUCUGUUUCGGACAGUUAUUUGCUAUGUGUGAUAAUAUUACGUUCCCGUUAGGCCAAUCAGGUUAUUCGACUUACAAAUACAUCCCGUACGGACCUGUAAAAGAAGUAUUACCGUAUCUAUCUAGAAGGGCUCACGAAAAUAAGGGCGUUUUAAAAAAAAUUGAGAAGGAAAAAAGAUUGUUGGCCAGCGAGAUUUUCAGGCGAUUGUCUAGAGGGCAGUUUUGGUACACACCAAAAGGAAAUUACGUCCCCAUAUAACAUGUAAGUGAAUAACGUUCAUCUAGAUAAAAUCGAAUAUAUUAAAUAAAAUUUUUUAGGUUAGAACUACAAUUUUAGUUUGAAAUUUAUCGAAAAUAAGUGACAACAUUGUUUGACGACGUAUCUUUGUAGAUAAGUAGUUAUCUAGCAAAGAAAUUAUCUGCAAGAGACAGAUUUAUUGAGAUUAUUUGAAUUUAUAACAAGAAAAAAAUAUAUUUCUAAAAAAAAUCGACUUAUUUAUUGUACAUCUGAGUGUAUUUCUAUAAAUAUUUCAGUUUAAUAUUCGAAAAUGAUAGAACCCAAGACUCGAAAUUGUCAAAUAAUAUUUAUGUAUAUUGAGUAAAUGAAAUAUUAAAAUAACGAAAUUAUUUGAUCUAAUAACAUAUAAUGAUGAUACAUACCUUUUCUAAAUCGAUUCAAUAAAAAUUUCAUUUUCACAAUUAAUUCAUUCACCAUCAACUUAAUUUCAUUUACAUAUUAAAUUUCAAUUACUUGUUUAUUGUUUUAUAACAAAAUGUCACCGAAUGAUGGCAACAUAAAAGUUGACGUUUGGCGCCAGUGCUACCAAUAGAAGAAAAGAAAACUCACCAUAUCCACAUUGCAUUUUGAUUGGUUCUUAAAUAAUUUAAUAAUGAUAAUUGUAUGUUUACAUUGGUUGAAAAUAAUGAAAUAAAAAAUAACAGAAUGCCUAAUAACUAAAAACAAAUUGAUAUAUAAUAUGAAUAUUGACUAAUAAUAAUAGCAAAAGUAAUUUUAUAAGCCAGUUUUAGGUAAAAAAAUAUGAAAGAUGGAUUUAUAUUUUUGAUGUCAUUUGAGAAUCUGGAAAAUUUUAUUUCUCGUUUUUUUUGCCUUUUCUGGGAUAAUUUACCAUGGUGAUAAUAUUUGCUUACCAAAAUAUCAAUGAUUUUUAAAAAAAGCUGAUAUUUUGACGGGAGAAUUCCCGUUCGAAAAUUAUGGUACUUUUUCGAUAUUAUGUCAAAAUAACAUGAAUUACAGUAUAUUUGAGACAUAAGAGAGUAAGUUGUCACCAAAUUUUGCAAAAAAAGAUGUUUUUUGUAAAAGAUAAAAAUUGAAAACUAUUGUUUACAUAAAUUUUGAGGUUAUGCGAAGAAAGUGAAAAUACAAAAGUUCUAGCUCUUCUUAUUACCUACAACUUUGCUAUUUGACUUUUUUUCCAUAGUUUUGGAAAUCGAGAUAAACCGUUUUGUACCUUUAAAAACUCACCCUCUUCCUCUUCCUUACCUUAGAUGGCCCGUAAAUUAUGUUUCCUUCCAUUUUCAUUAUAUUCUCCUUUUCCAAUUCUACUAUUAUUGUUUUUUUAAUUUUUAUUUUUUUUAAAGGCUUCUACGCUGGUUUAUUAUUAUAACUUAGACAACAAAAUAGCUCAUCGAGUACUUUAUAAUAUAAACAAAAAUAAUUGUUAAAAGUUUUUAUAAUUCAUGUUAAAUGAAUUUUAUUACUCUAAAUUAAUUGUAAAAUUUUCACAAUUUUAAAUGCAACGUGUUGAUGUCGAGAUGUUUUUGGAUCUGACGUUUAGUGUCGUUAGGUUUAAAAUUUUAAAUUCAAUAUUUUAGAUAAUUCUCAGUUUUUGUACACAUUCGGAUGGAAAAUAAUGUUUGAUAUACGAUGACAUCGUGUAUCACCUUCAUGACCUAACCUAACAACCACCAUCGUAUGUGCCAAAAACCUUACGUUUUUGUGUCACUAAGUAUAUUGUAUCAUAGAUUUAGUUGGUUUAUUCCCAUUUAAUUCACCCCAUAGUAGAGUUUUAUUCAUUUUAGAAUCACAAAAUAUCUCGAAUUUAAAAAAAAACUUUUCGUCGCGACCUAUAGUUUUAUUAAUAGUUUUUGUUUUGCUGAUUAAAUGACAUUUAAUCAGCUUGUGAUGUUGAAGUUUCUUUAAAUUAUAUUUUAGGUUUUAUGUAAUUACAUUGUGUAUAAAUUAUAAAUAGAAUAAAAGAUUUAAAUUUUUCA